AUGGCGCGCCGUCUCUUCACCUGUUUUGGCAAAGGCUCCUCUCAUCAUAAGCGCGAAAGUUUGUACGAAAACACCACCUCGGAUGUGGCGGUGGAGGAGCAGCGGAGAGGCGGACCGGUGGUGGUGGAGCUCUUUUCAUCACAGGGCUGCGCCACCUCUCCGGAGGCGGAGCUGCUCUUCUCACGGCUAGGGAGGGGUGAUUUCAACCUUGAGGUGCCGGUGAUAUUGUUGGCGUACCAUGUUGACUAUUGGGAUUAUAUGGGCUGGAAGGACCCUUUUGGGUCGAGCCAAUGGACUGUAAGGCAAAAGGCCUAUGUUGAGGCCCUGAACCUUGAUACAAUGUUCACACCCCAAAUUGUGGUCCAGGGUCGGGCCCAAUGUGUUGGUAAUGAUCAGGGUGCUUUGUUAUCCUGCAUUGCUUCUGCAACGCGAGUUCCUGCUGCCGCGUUCCAGGCGACAUUUCAAAGGCCUACGCCCGAGUCCUUGCAAGUGUCUCUAAAAGGAGCUAUAAGGGUUAACGGGGAUCAACAAGGUGCCAGUGUCAUGGUUGCGCUAUACCAAAGCGGUUUAGUGACAAAUUGUCCGAAGGGAGUGAACAAAGACCGCGUCUUAGCCAAUGACUUUGUUGUAAGGGGGCUCCAAAAACUCUGCGUAGUUAAAGAUAUCACCACCAAGAAACCCAUUUCUGUUAAUUUCUCUUUGUGGGAAGGUUUCAAUAGCAGCAAAUGUGGCGUCGCUGUUUUUGUAGAAACGAGUUCUCAUCAAAUAUUGGGUUCGCAGAAUUUUCAGUUAUCAGAUAAUGUAUGA